CACACAUUUUUUGUCUUUGACAUUUUUGGGGUGUCCAAAGUGGAUUAUUUUUGGAGGCCCCUGACAUCGUGAACUUGGGCUCCUGAGACCAGCAGAGGCCCUGGGCUCACCACCUUCCUGGAUUCCCAGGAGUCAGCCCAGAUUGUCUGAAGAAAUGGAUAAUUCUCCCUCCAAAAAGCAUCUAGUUAAAAAACGGGUGAAAAUACAUCCUAAUACAGUGAUGGUAAAAUAUACUUCCCAUUAUCCCCAGCCUGGGGAUAAUGGCUAUGAAGAAAUCAAUGAAGACUAUGGAAAUUUUAUGGAAGAAAAUCCAAAGAAAGGACUGCUAAAUGAAAUGAAACGAAAAGGAAGAACUUUCUUUGGAACCAUGGACACUCGGCCCCCCCCAAGAGAAGACACAGCGACCAAUGAGAUUGGGCAAUUCCAGAGCUUUGCAGAAAAAAACAUUUUUCAGUCCAGAAAAAUGUGGAUAGUGCUGUUUGGCUCUGCUUUGGCUCACGGAUGUGUAGCUCUUAUUACUCGGCUUGUUUCUGAUCGUUCUAAAGUUCCAUCUUUAGAACUGAUUUUCAUCCGCUCUGUCUUACAGCUGUUGUCUGUGUUAGUUGUUUGUUAUUAUCAGGAGGCUCCCUUUGGACCCAGUGGAUACAGACUACGACUCUUCUUUUAUGGAGUAUGCAAUGUCAUCUCUAUCACGUGUGCUUAUACAUCUUUUUCAAUAGUUCCUCCCAGCAAUGGAACCACUAUGUGGAGAGCCACCACCACAGUCUUCAGUGCAAUUUUGGCCUUUUUACUUGUAGAUGAGAAAAUGGCUUAUGCUGACAUUGCUACAAUUAUUUGCAGCACCGUAGGUGUUUGUUUCGUCAUGAUCCCCAACAUUGUUGAUGAAGAGAAUUCUUUGUUAAAUACCUGGAAAGAAGCCUUUGGGUACACUAUGACUGUGAUGGCUGGACUGACCACUGCUCUUUCCAUGAUAGUGUACAGAUCCAUCAGGGAGAAGAUCAGCAUGUGGACUGCCCUGUUUACCUUUGGCUGGACUGGAACAGUCUGGGGAUUAUCUACUAUGUUCAUUCUUCAAGAACCCAUCAUCCCACUAGACGGAGAAACCUGGAGUUACCUCAUUGCUAUAUGUGUCUGUUCUACUGUAGCAUUCUUAGGAGUUUAUUAUGCCUUGGACAAAUUUCAUCCAGCUUUGGUCAGCACAGUACAGCAUCUAGAGAUUGUGGUAGCCAUGGUCUUGCAGCUUCUAGUGUUACAUAUAUUCCCUAGUGUCUAUGACAUUUUUGGAGGAGUAAUCAUCAUGAUUAGUGUUUUUGUGCUUGCUGGCUAUAAACUUUACUGGAGGAAUUUAAGAAGGCAGGAUUAUCAGGAAAUACUAGACUCGCCUAUUAAAUGAAUACCUGAUUAUUAUUAUCCUGUUAAUGUUCAAGUAUUAUAUGUACACUGCCAUUUAAUGAUCACCUAUAAAUGUCUUUUGUGUUGUAUAACUGACAGAGUGCUAUAUAAUAUAUAAUUGAUAUAUGCAGAUGAAGAAGAUUUAUUCUAGUCUACAGUAGUCACAUAGAUAUUAAAUAUGUGAAAUUUCA